GCUGCUGUGCAGGGGGUGGGGGGGAGAGGGCAGUGCCCAGCCCUGUGGCGCCGGGGCCAGGUCCGCCCUCCGCGGGGGCCGCCCGGCUGCCCCGCCCCGGGGGGGACGUUGCUCCAGCGUCUGGCGAGCCUGGCUGCGGGGCAGCGCCAGGCUGACCGCGAUAGGGACUGCUGGCCAGGGGAGGCGAUAGUCCCUCUGGAGACUGUUGCUCUGGGUGCGAUGCCAGGUUUUACUCUAAGUUUUGACCCAAAGAUAGAUAUCUUGAAAAGAAGAGCACCCAGGAAGCUUUUUGCAGGAAGCUAAGAAGGUGCAAUACGGGAGAUGCAGCAGGGAGCCUUUGGCAGGUGGUGGUGGUGACGCACAGAAGUUACUUUGCCUUCGGAAAGAAAAAGCCUUGUCUGCCGCUUAUGUAGGUGUGUGUUUGUGAUCUCCCUUCUACCCCAAGAAGUUGCCUGGGUCGCGCAGCAGCGGGGAAGCGGCAGCUGCUCGUCCUGGGCGGCAGCAGCAGCAGCAGUAGCAGCAGCAGCAGCAGAUUAUGGUGGCAGCGCAGCGGUAAGAGUGGCGGCAGCAGACCUGAUCCGCGAAUGCGUUUUCCAUUCAAGCUCGUCGCUGGAAAGUGCCACCUGAAGCUUCGGCAGCUGGGCAGGGACCGCUAACGUUUCAGAAGGGAAAACCCUGAGGAGGGAAGGAGUUACGGGAAGGAGGGGCAGCGCUGGGUUUUGUGUGUGCUUGUGGGGAGAGGGGAUUGGUUAUCAUGGCGGAUCGGACAGCUCCUAGAUGCCAGCUCCGUCUGGAGUGGGUUUACGGGUACAGGGGUCACCAGUGCCGCAACAACCUGUACUACACGGCGGGCAAAGAGGUGGUUUACUUCGUGGCUGGAGUCGGCGUGGUUUAUAACACCAGAGAGCACAGCCAGAAAUUCUUCCUCGGGCACAACGAUGACAUUAUCAGCCUUGCAGUUCACCCGGAUAAAACUUUAGUAGCUACAGGGCAGGUUGGAAAAGACCCUUACAUUUGCAUCUGGGAUUCCUACCGUGUACAGACUGUGUCUGUUCUUAAGGAUGCACAUACACAUGGAGUUGCCUGCUUAGCUUUUGAUUCAGAUGGCCAGCGUUUAGCUUCAGUGGGACUGGAUGCCAAAAAUACAGUGUGUAUUUGGGACUGGAAGAGAGGAAAACUACUGGCAACAGCUACAGGCCAUUCAGACAGGAUAUUUGAUAUUUCCUGGGAUCAAUAUCAACCAAAUAGAAUCGUCAGCUGUGGAGUAAAACACAUAAAGUUUUGGACAUUGUGUGGAAAUGCACUGACAGCAAAGAGAGGUAUAUUUGGUAAAACAGGAGAUCUCCAAACUAUCCUUUGUUUAGCAUGUGCAAAAGAAGAUAUCACGUACUCUGGUGCUUUAAAUGGAGAUAUCUAUGUUUGGAAAGGGCUAAACUUAGUCCGCACAAUUCAAGGAGCACAUAGCGCUGGAAUUUUUAGUAUGUAUGCUUGUGAGGAAGGUUUUGCCACUGGAGGGAGAGAUGGUUGCAUUCGGUUAUGGGACACUGAUUUCAAACCAAUUACUAAAAUUGAUCUCAGGGAGACUGAACAAGGAUACAAAGGUUUGUCCAUCCGAAGUGUCUGUUGGAAAGCAGACAGACUUUUAGCAGGGACACAGGACAGUGAAAUAUUUGAGGUGCUAGUAAGAGAGAGAGAUAAACCCAUGCUGAUUAUGCAGGGUCAUUGUGAAGGGGAGCUCUGGGCCCUGGCGGUCCAUCCAAAGAAGCCUUUAGCAGUCACAGGCAGUGACGAUCGAUCUGUACGAUUAUGGAGUCUUGCUGACCAUGCCUUGAUAGCUCGUUGUAAUAUGGAAGAAGCGGUGCGGAGUGUGUCUUUCAGUCCUGAUGGAUCACAGUUAGCACUUGGAAUGAAGGAUGGCUCCUUCAUUGUUCUUCGAGUAAGAGACAUGACAGAGGUAGUUCAUAUUAAAGACCGAAAAGAAGUAAUCCAUGAAAUGAAAUUUUCACCAGAUGGCUCUUACCUUGCUGUGGGUUCUAAUGAUGGCCCAGUGGAUAUCUAUGCGGUUGCUCAGCGAUACAAAAAAAUAGGAGAAUGCAACAAAUCUUCUAGUUUUAUAACUCAUAUUGACUGGUCUGUGGAUAGUAAAUUCUUGCAAACCAAUGAUGGUGCAGGAGAGAGACUGUUCUACAAGAUGCCGUCUGGGAAGCAUCUAACUAGCAAAGAUGAGAUCAAAGGAAUUCACUGGGCCUCAUGGACCUGUGUGAUAGGAUCUGAAGUGAAUGGAAUUUGGCCAAAAUACACAAACGUUACAGAUGUCAACUCUGUGGAUGGAAAUUACAACAGCUCAGUGCUAGUGACUGGAGAUGAUUUUGGUCUGGUUAAAUUACUCAGAUUUCCAUGCCUAAAGAAAGGAGCUAAAUUUAGAAAAUACGUUGGCCAUUCAGCUCAUGUAACCAAUGUACGUUGGUCCCAUGAUUUUCAGUGGGUUUUAAGUACAGGAGGUGCUGAUCACUCCGUUUUUCAGUGGCGAUUUAUUCCAGAAGGGAUAACAAAUGGCAUCCUUGAAACACCUCCACAAGAGGGUGGCUUUGAUUCCUACAGUGAAGAAUCAGAUUCAGAUUUAUCUGAUGUGCCAGAGUUAGAUUCUGACAUUGAGCAGGAAGCUCAAAUCAACUAUGAUCGCCAGGUUUACAAAGAAGACCUACCUCAGCUGAAACAGCAAAGUAAAGAGAAAAACCAUUCUGUGCCCUUCCUUAAAAGAGAGCGAGCGCCUGAGGACAGUUUAAAGUUGCAGUUUAUACAUGGUUAUAGAGGCUAUGAUUGUCGAAAUAACUUGUUCUACACGCAAGCUGGAGAAGUAGUGUAUCAUAUUGCUGCUGUAGCUGUUGUAUAUAAUAGGCAACAACACACUCAAAGGCUGUAUCUUGGUCACGAUGAUGACAUCCUCAGCCUAAGCAUUCACCCAGUGAAAGACUAUGUUGCUACUGGACAGGUUGGAAGAGAUGCUGCUAUCCAUGUUUGGGACACACAGACACUGAAAUGUUUAUCAUUGCUCAAAGGCCAGCAUCAAAGAGGAGUGUGUGCACUGGAUUUUUCAGCUGAUGGAAAAUGUUUGGCAUCUGUUGGGCUAGAUGAUAAUCAUGCCAUUGUGUUUUGGGAUUGGAAAAAAGGAGAAAAGCUAGCAACAACCAGGGGCCAUAAAGAUAAAAUAUUUGUAGUGAAGUGUAAUCCACAUCAUGUAGACAAGCUAGUCACGGUUGGGAUGAAGCACAUCAAAUUUUGGCAGCAAACAGGUGGAGGCUUUACAUCAAAACGAGGAACAUUUGGAACUACUGGAAAACUGGAAACUAUGAUGAGUGUUUCAUAUGGGCGAAUAGAAGAACUAGUUUUCUCUGGUGCUGCUACUGGAGACAUUUAUAUCUGGAAGGAUACUCUGUUGCUUAAGACAGUGAAAGCCCAUGAUGGACCUGUAUUUGCCAUGCAUGCAUUGGAUAAGGGUUUUGUAACUGGUGGAAAAGAUGGAAUUGUGGCACUUUGGGAUGACAUGUUUGAAAGAUGUCUGAAGACGUAUGCUAUUAAAAGAGCAGCACUAUCUGCUAGUUCUAAAGGUUUACUUUUAGAAGACAAUCCCUCUAUUCGAGCCAUCAGCCUAGGACAUGGGCAUAUACUAGUAGGAACUAAAAAUGGAGAGAUACUUGAAAUUGAUAAAAGUGGCCCUAUGACUCUACUUGUUCAGGGACACAUGGAAGGAGAAGUUUGGGGCUUGGCAGCUCAUCCUCUCUUACCUGUCUGUGCAACAGUGAGUGAUGAUAAAACACUACGAAUCUGGGAACUUUCGUCCCAGCACCGCAUGCUGGCAGUGAGGAAACUCAAAAAAGGUGGACGAUGCUGUGCCUUUUCUCCUGAUGGGAAAGCCUUGGCUGUAGGGUUGAAUGAUGGGAGUUUUCUGGUAGUAAAUGCUGACACUGUUGAAGACAUGGUCUCUUUUCACCACAGAAAGGAAAUGAUCUCAGAUAUAAAGUUUUCACGAGAAUCAGGAAAGUACCUGGCUGUGGCUUCCCAUGACAAUUUUGUAGAUAUUUACAAUGUACUUACCAGCAAAAGAGUUGGCAUUUGUAAAGGUGCAUCUAGCUAUAUCACACACAUUGACUGGGACUCAAGAGGAAAGUUAUUGCAAGUCAAUUCUGGUGCCAAAGAACAACUAUUUUUUGAAGCACCAAGGGGGAAAAGGCAUAUUAUAAGAAUUGCUGAGAUAGAGAAGAUUGAUUGGGACACCUGGACAUGUGUUCUUGGUCCUACUUGUGAAGGAAUUUGGCCCACGCACAGUGAUGUCACCGUUGUAAAUGCAGCUAGUCUUACAAAAGACGGAACACUAUUAGCUACAGGAGACGAUUUUGGUUUUGUGAAGCUUUUUUCAUAUCCAGUGAAGGGCCAACAUGCAAAAUUCAAGAAGUAUGUGGGUCAUAGCGCACAGGUAACCAAUGUUCGGUGGUUACACAAUGAUUCUGUGCUGCUGACUGUAGGUGGUGCUGAUACAGCUUUGAUGAUCUGGACCAGAGAAUUUUUGGGCAUUCAGGAGAGUAAGCUGGUUGAUAGUGAAGAAUCAGACACAGAUGCAGAAGAAGAUGGAGGUUAUGAUAGUGAUGUUGCAAGAGAAAAAGCAAUUGACUAUACCACUAAGAUCUAUGCAGUAAGCAUCCGGGAAAUGGAAGGGACAAAACCACAUCAACAGCUGAAGGAAGUUUCAGUAGAAGAGAGGCAGGGAAUUGUCAAGGGAUCAAGGCCACCAGUUAGCAGAGCUGCUCCUCAACCUGAAAAACUGCAAAAGAACAAUAUCAACAAAAAAAAGAAACUGGUUGAGGAGCUGGCUUUAGACCAUGUUUUUGGAUACAGAGGAUUUGAUUGUCGCAACAACCUCCAUUACCUAAAUGAUGGUGCUGAUAUUAUUUUCCACACAGCUGCAGCAGGCAUAGUUCAAAAUCUUUCUACUGGUAGUCAGAGUUUCUACCUGGAGCACACUGAUGACAUUCUCUGCCUAACUGUGAAUCAGCACCCAAAGUACAAAAAUAUUGUGGCUACCAGCCAGAUCGGUGAUAUGACAGAAUUUCCAGGUACAACUCCCACAAUUCAUAUAUGGGAUGCUAUGAGUAAGCAAACAAUUUCAAUGCUGCGUUGCUUCCACACCAAAGGGGUCAACUAUGUUAACUUCAGUGCAACGGGCAAACUUCUGGUUUCAGUGGGAGUUGAUCCAGAACAUACUAUCACAGUGUGGAGGUGGCAAGAAGGGACUAAAGUUGCUAGCAGGGGAGGACACCUGGAGAGGAUAUUCGUUGUAGAGUUCCGCCCAGAUUCAGACACUCAGUUUGUGUCUGUUGGGGUAAAACACAUGAAGUUCUGGACAUUAGCUGGCAGUGCUUUGCUUUAUAAGAAAGGAGUCAUUGGUUCCAUGGAAGAUGCCAAAAUGCAAACCAUGCUUUCUGUUGCCUUCGGAGCAAAUAACCUUACAUUUACUGGUGCCAUAAAUGGAGAUGUCUACGUCUGGAAGGAUCAUUUUCUGAUUAGACUUGUGGCAAAAGCUCACACAGGGCCAGUGUUCACAAUGUACACGACUCUUCGAGAUGGACUCAUUGUUACAGGAGGGAAGGAGAGACCCACUAAAGAAGGGGGAGCUGUAAAGCUAUGGGAUCAAGAGAUGAAAAGGUGCCGAGCAUUUCAGCUUGAGACAGGCCAGCUCAUUGAGUGCGUGCGCUCCGUCUGCAGAGGAAAAGGGAAAAUUUUAGUGGGAACAAAAGAUGGAGAAAUCCUUGAAGUAGGAGAAAAAAAUGCUGCUUCAAACUUGUUGAUUGAUUGUCACAUGGAAGGGGAAAUUUGGGGCUUAGCAACCCACCCCUCAAAAGACAUAUUUAUCUCUGCAAGUAACGAUGGAACAGCAAGAAUCUGGGACCUGUGUGACAAAAAACUGCUGAACAAAGUGAAUCUAGGUCAUCCAGCAAGAUGUGCCGCAUAUAGUCCUGAUGGUGAAAUGGUUGCAAUUGGCAUGAAGAAUGGAGAAUUUGUUAUUUUACUUGUAAACAGCCUUAAGGUCUGGGGCAAAAAGCGAGACAGGAAGUCUGCAAUUCAGGAUAUUAGGAUCAGCCCAGAUAACAGGUUUUUGGCAGUGGGUUCACAAGAACAUACUGUAGAUUUUUAUGAUCUCACUCAAGGUACAACCCUAAACCGAAUAGGCUACUGCAAAGACAUUGCAAGUUUUGUCAUACAGAUGGAUUUUUCUGCAGACAGCAGGUACAUUCAGGUAUCAACGGGUGCCUAUAAGCGUCAAGUUCACGAGGUACCACUAGGAAAGCAAAUAACAGAUCCUGCAUUAAUAGAAAAGAUCACAUGGGCCACAUGGACGAGCAUUCUUGGAGAUGAAGUCAUUGGAAUUUGGCCACGAAAUGCAGAUAAAGCAGAUGUCAAUUGUGCAUGUGUGACCCAUGCUGGGCUAAAUAUAGUCACAGGAGAUGACUUUGGUCUGGUGAAACUGUUUGAUUUCCCAUGCACAGAAAAAUUUGCCAAACACAAGCGGUAUUUUGGGCACUCUGCGCACGUCACCAACAUACGCUUUUCUCAUGAUGACAAGUACGUUAUAAGUACAGGAGGAGAUGACUGCAGUGUAUUUGUGUGGCGAUGUCUUUGAAAGGAGACUCUCUUGCUGCUGCUACUGCCGUGAACAAGUGACUGCUCUGGACUGGACAGCCAUGAAUGCCUCUACCCCUUCGGCUGCUGUAAUUUCCAUACAAUGCUGCAUGGAUUACACAUUUUCAGAUUUCUCAUACAAAUUUACCGAAUGUGAAUGUGAUCUUGCAUUUGAAAGACCAAUAUCCUUGAGAAGGAAGCUGAAGUUUGAAAGGGAAUCCUUUUGUAACCCGGGUAGGCCAAAGUGAUGAACAGUUCACUCACGGAGCUGCUUUUGCCUAAUAGUGUGUUAUUCAAACCAUGUCUGAAAAGGGAGCACAUUGAGAAAACGCUGAGCCCUUUAAUUUGUGCAAUUUAAAAAUUUAUGGAUUGAACAUUUGUUCAAGGAAGUUGGUGUUUUUACAACACCUGCUUAAAACUCAAAUUCGGUGCAGAGUAAAACUGCAAGCUUUUAAUGAGCAUGCUGGGGUUCACACUUCAGCUUUCAGUAAUCCAAGGAACAAAGUAUCAUUUUUUAAGUCCAUUUUGUUUUUAAAUAUAUAUGUAUAUUUGGCAAAAUUUUCUAUCCAUGAAGUGCCUUUGAAUAAUUUUCUAGUAGUAUGGGCUACAGUCUUGCCUCCCACCAAUUGCUUUCAACAUACGGUGCUAUAACUUUCACAGAGGAGGGCUAACCAUUAACACCUUUUCCAGCUGUGUACUUACUUACAUUAUCCCUGUUUUCUGCUUUGGUUUUUAAUACCUUCACAAGUGAAUUCCAAAAUGUUUCCAACAGCAAGAAGCUAUGCGCUGUUCUAAGGACAAAUUCCUGAUGGCAUUACACCUCUUGAUAAGCUGUUCACAAUUGGUUUGUGAUGGUAGCUUGACUGCAGCCAGAAUUUGAAGCUUAACUCAAACGGUGAGUAGAGGGGGAGAGACUUGGUUAAAGAAAUUUUAACAUGAUGAUUGAGGAAGUUGUUUCCCAAGUGUUCCUGCACUCUCCCUGCUUAUGGGAACAUGUGCUUUAUAGUUAACUACUUGCAGUGGCCAUCUAGUGUAGUUAAGAAGCGGUUUGAAGGCCUCCAAGAAUCGCUAUUUCCAAUUCCUCCCGUUCUGGAGGGGCUCCCUGAAGACAGCCAAAGGAACACCUGGUACAGCAGCAGCAGGGACUGCGUGUACCCUGCAGCAGGCAGCUAGUCCCACACUGCUUACAAGUAGACAUAAAUCACUCUGGUACCAGAAACAAUUUACCUAUCCUCAAAGAAAGCAUAAUCUUUGCUAAAUUUGGACUCCUCUCUCCAUCAUCACUUCUCCUGCACCCUGUGCAGCCCCCUCAUCAGCGAUUGGGCUGUGGGAUCGUGGGGCAGGAGGGGCAGCCAAGAUGAAAGGAGGGAGACUUGCCUCCACAAGGAAGUGGAGACCACAAGCAGAUGUCUACAGCAGGCCCAUAAAGCCCUUGACCGUUUGUUAACGAACUUUUUGUCAAAACCAAAAACUAGAGACAGUGGAAUUUGAGAAACAAAAGUUCAGCUUGUUCCAACAAAACUGUUUAGAAAGGAACACAAACUGUGGGCAAUGUCAAAACAAAAGAUUUUUGAGAUUUCUGGCAUGGAACAACAUCCAUAUUUUGAAAUUACCUUUCUUCUUUUAAAAAGACUGUUUGUUAAUUAAAAGAAAUAAAGGCCAACAUAAAACAUUUAGACUCACAUUUAGUCUUUGAAAAGAAACGUUAAAUAGUGCUUUAGUCCCAGUUCAGGAAAUUACAAUUCUGACCUGUGGAAGCUUCCUGCCAAUCCACUUCUGAUGCCCACUGCAUAAAAAGGGAGCUGUUGUUGGAUGCAACAACUAUCCAGUUAAAGGAGUGGAUCAACGUACAUUUAACACACAAAAGUGCUUCAGCAACCUCAAAGAAUCACCUUUUUUUAAAACUGAAUUUAUUAAUGCCUUAUAUUACUAUACAGAAGAUCAGUUUGUCAGAUACACAAUAAGAGUCCCUCUAUGCAGUCUUUUUUUUAAAGAAACCUUCUUGAUCAAAUAAUGUAAUGAUGUUAGGUGGUGACAUCAGUGAGUACCUUCUUUUCUGAUGUUGUAAUGUUUGCCUUCCUUUCACAUUGAUUGUAUCCCAAAUAAAAUCAGUCGUGUGGCAGAAUGAAUUAAUCAAUGGUGAUGUGAAAAAUAUCUUAAAGCAAUAGUGUCUGUCAGGAGAACACUUACAAGUUGUACGUUUAUAUGGUUUGGCUUUAUGUAUAAAAUGUUCAGAAGUAAUGCUGUAUUAUACUGUAAACUAAAAUAUUAGUGCAUGAAUUUAUUUUUCAAUGGUCAAGAUGCCAUUAAUUUAAAAUUUGUGUCUCAAAUAAAUUUGGGUACAAGUU